UUCCAUCUCUGGCAGGUGGUGUGUUCGAGAGCAAACUAAUGUUUAGGAAGAUCGGUAGUUAAAGGAGAUACAUUUACCUUGAUUCACAUUUUUGCGUUUUCGGUGCACUUAAUAUUGUUUGCCGGACGCCGAGUUUGAGUGAGAUUAACGUCGAGUUUCCCCUUGAGCCAGCCACUUUCUGUUGAAAUUACACAGUGCUGCAUUGAGUGAGACAGAAGUGUGGUCAAUUACGGGUACUAUUUAUACUUGCAUUGUGAAGAAAGACCGAAUACAUAUUGAUAAUGUUUCUUCUGGCACGUUAACUGAAUACCACCAAACCACUGUAAAGGCAACUUCUCCAAUAUUUACCUCGUAGGAUUCCUUUCACUUCAUGCACCACUGCUGUAUAUCGGUAGCUGUCGUGUUUUGAGUGGUCGUUCCUUUUGUUUAGAUUUUGAGACAUAUCACGAUGAAUCACGUCUGAGAGGAGUUUUGGACAAAAUGAGAACGCGUUUUUAUAAAGAUGCAGAAAAUAUAGAGGCCUCGUCUUUUGCGGGCCCAAAUCUGUGUGGAAUAAGGAGCGAAGGAUCCGCAUUAAAAUAAUCCGAAUAGAAUGGGACCAAAUGAGACGAGAAACAUAGACAAUGUAUCAAUGACGGCGAUUUUGUCAAGUUUAAAGUCGCCUAGAACAAGUAGCCUACCCUACUGCUGAAGCAACAACUGAUCCCCCCCCACAAAGGAGGGAUACCGCUCUGCAAUCAACCCUAUUCUUUUCCUGCAUUUAAUUUUCCAUUCUAUCAAUUUAUUUGUUUAUUACAUUUUUUUUAUUUGAUUUUUGAUCUGGAUCCAGCUCUGACUUUGUUCAAUGGAAGUAUGUUACCAGCUGCCGGUUUUGCCUCUAGACAGGCCGGUUCCUAAGCAUGUCCUCAGCCGGAGAGGAGCCAUCAGUUUCAGCUCCAGCUCGUCUCUCUUCGGCGCUCCUGAUCCAAGACAGCUGUCUCAGAGACGAGGGGCCAUCUCUUAUGACAGCUCAGAUCAGACCGCUCUGUACAUUCGUAUGCUCGGAGAUGUGAGAGUGAGAAGUCGGGUAGGAUUUGACCCAGAAGGAAAAGGUUCCUACUCGUACCUGUGCAUCGACUUCCGCACCCUACACUCCUACUCAGACUCUAGUCUUAUCCCUGGUCCUGGCUUCAGUUCGGCUGGGCCUGUGUCUGGCAGGAGGCUCCGCAGACUGCUCAGCUUCCAGAGGUACCUGCACUCCUCCCGUCUGCUCCGGGGAACACCCCACCUCAACCCCCUCCACAUUCUGGAUGAGGACUACACGGGACAGGCCAAGUGUAUGCUGGAAAGGGUCGCGACCUGGAAUUUCGACAUUUUCCUCUAUGACAGAUUAACCAAUGGAAACAGCCUGGUGACGCUGACCUUUCACCUCCUUAACCAGUAUGGUCUGUUGGAGCUGUUUCAGCUGGACAUGGUAAAGCUGUGGCGCUUCCUGGUCAUGGUGCAGGAAGACUACCACAGCCUCAACCCCUACCACAACGCUGUGCACGCCGCUGACGUCACGCAGGCCAUGUACUGUUACCUGCGAGAACCCAAGCUGGCCAAGUCCCUGACGUCCUGUGACAUCCUCCUGGGCCUGUUGGCAGCCGCCACUCAUGACCUGGACCACCCGGGAGUCAACCAGCCCUUCCUCAUCAAGACCAACCACUACCUGGCCAAGCUCUACAGGAACUCCUCUGUUCUGGAGAACCAUCACUGGAGGUCUGCAGUAGGUCUGCUCAGAGAGACCGGCCUGUUCUCCCACCUGCCUGCUGAGGAUGGGCUAAAGAUGGAGCACCAACUGGGUUCUCUUAUCCUGGCCACUGACAUCAGCAGACAGAACGAGUACCUGGGGAGGUUCAGGACACACCUGGACCAGGAUGACCUGUACCUGAGCAACGCCAGCCACCGACACUUCAUCCUCCAGAUGGCUCUGAAGUGUGCAGACAUCUGCAACCCCUGCAGACCCUGGGAGCUGAGCAAACAGUGGAGUGAGAAAGUGACGGAAGAGUUCUUCCACCAAGGAGACAUUGAGAAGAAGCACCGACUUGAAGUCAGUCCACUGUGUGAUAGCCAGAGUAACUCCAUGGCAAACAUUCAAAUUGGUUUCAUGACGUACGUGGUGGAGCCUUUGUUUGCUGAGUGGGGCCGGUUCUCUGACACGCGUCUGUCCCAGACCAUGUUGGGCCACCUGGGGCUGAACAAGGCCAGCUGGGGUGGGUUAGUACAGCAGGAGGGGUCCUCUAGCCCCGAGGAGCUGGAACCUAGCAGCCCUGCCUUCUUCACCAUGUCAACGCCCGCCGUCACCGAGUCAGAACCAGAGUCUGCCUCUGCUGCGGAACCCAUAGCUGUCACCACGGCAACAGCCACAGGAGAAACCAACUACAAAGAAAUACCUCAGGGAAGCAAAGAGUCCUGACACUCCAUGUUUGCCCUUAGAACCCUGACCCCUGACCCUUAACCGCUAGCCUCAACACACACUGGGGAGAGGGUGGGAGGAGCGGGGUAUGGCCUUUAACCCCCCCACUACUCCCACUGCCCCACCAGAACAGUACUCAUGUUUUUGUUGCCUUUGCCUCCCAUAUUUGACAAACCACAGAUUUAAUUUAUUUCGUUUUUUAAUUUUUUUCCUUGACAUACAUAGAUACUGCUACUGUAGUUAGUAUUUUUAUUGGCUUAUUUUAUUUAUUUAUUUGUCUCUGUAGUUUUAGCCUUACUAAUGUAACACCACCAUUUUGAAGGCGAAGUGCCAUUUUCAAACAAAGUUCUGUAGGACGAUUUGAAACACACUGAGUAUUGAAGAGAUGCUCUCUAAAGACCGCACAGAGAUGCCGUGAUGUGUGUUGAUGCAUUUGUAAGGAAUCUUCUUCCUGAAGAUAAUGUGACAAGCCCAGUCCUUUUGCUGCCUCUAUGAAGACUGUUUACAGAUGUCUUGUUUGUUUGUACUUGUUGUCCAUUAGAAAUGAAUCAUUAUGGUUCCGCGAUAUGCCUUCUAAGCACAGAUGCGAAGAACCACUAGUGUUUGAAUUGUCGACUCACUGCUGAAGUUGACUGACACACACACACACCAGAUGCCAUAAAGAAACACCCCCUGUGCUCCAUUGUAUUCGUCUCUUCCUUGCACUGCCAAAAGACUGAAAUAUUGGACACAACUUCUGUUCUGAGAGAACUUGGGUUAGACAGAAUGGUAUUCUAGAAUGUAACUAAUAUGAAGAAGCAUUGUUGUUAGUGACUGUAGAGAAUGCAUGACCUCUAACCCUGGACCAGUCACUGAGGCAUAGUACACACACCCCAUCUGAAAACUCUCAUCACCACUCACGAAGGGUGGACUGUAGGAGGGAAGUUUACUGUGGUUUAGCUACCUGUGAAACAGCUGUUUACUGAAUGGGACUCUCUCAGAACGUCUCUCAUUAUCAUCAUAGCCACAUGCAACCUAGGACUGCUGUACUGAUGCCUUAUAACUAUGCACACUGCGCUAAGUGACCAAACCAGCUCCCUACCACUAGUUCUUUUAGUAAUCUCAUGAAGUACAUCGUGUGCUUGUCCUCUUAAUGCACUGUCUGAUUUUCUUUUGCCUUUUUGUGAGGAAAAAUGAACUCAAAAACACAUUCUGUAUAUAAAUGUUUUUUUAGUGUUUUUUUUACAUUCCAUCUCCAUUUAUACAUUUUUAUUCUGUAGACUGCACAAAGAUUUUAAUAACAGGUGCUUUUUCCUAUUUUAGCUGAUUUUAGUAUUUUCGCUGUAAGACUGUUUACAAUUUGUUGCGACAGCCAUUUUGGGAAGAAGACUUGUCAAGCCAUUUUGUACAGGAUUUGCCGUAUUGACCUUUUGAUACAUGCUUGUUGCCGUUUACAUUUUCAUAAAUAAAACCAGUUGACAUGAAA